AUCUCAUAAACCGUGGGCAUAAACCCCCUCGUAGAUGAUAGAACCACUGUUUACUGUUUUUUCUGCAGUCAAUCCAUUCAAAUUCAAUGGCAACUGGGAACAAAUCGAAGGCAAACAAUGACAAGAAAAGGAGGCAAUAUCUUCCCCACAAUAGACCAGUGAAAAAAGGUAAAUACGCAUUACAACCAGGAGUGCAAGGGUUCUUUAUAACGUGUGAUGGUGGAAGGGAACGCCAAGCCUCAAACGAAGCCAUUAAUGUUAUUGACUCUUUCUAUGAAGAGCUUGUAAGUGGGACAGAGACAACAAUCGAACGAGCAGAAUUAUCUAUGAAUCCCCUGAAUAAAGUAACCAAAUUUACAUACUCUGAUUCCUCGAGCAGUGAUGAUGAUGACAAUGAUGAAGAUUCAGAAGAUGAUCAUGAUGAGGACGAAAGCAAUGUACGGACAAAGGAGGAAGAUAACAAACCUGCUAUUGCAACAGGCAUUGUUGUAAAUAAUGAAAAUCCUAUAAAAGAAGAGUUGGGGAAUCAAAGGGAGGAUGACACAUCGAGUGAGAAGGAAGCACAAGAAAAUAAAGAGAAAACUGACGACCAAGAAGUUGAAGCUGUUGAACCAUCGGCGAAGAAACAAUGUACAGAAAAUGAUGCAUUUAAAUGUCGAAAUGACAUAUCUAAUAAGAUAGAAAAGAAGUCUGUUGAUAGGCUUAUUGAAGAUGAGCUUGCAGAAUUGGGAGAUAGGAGCAAGAGGCGCUUCAGCAACCUUGACUCAGGUUGUAAUGGUGUUGUCUUUGUACAAAUGCGCAAAAGAGAUGGAGAUCCUAGCCCGAAAGAUAUUGUCCAACACAUGAUGACGUCUCUGGCUUCAACUAGGAAACACGUGUCAAGAUUUUUGCUAAGAGUGCUUCCAAUUGAAAUAACAUGCUAUGCAUCUGAUGAGGAAAUCAGGAGAGCAAUCAAACCGGUUAUUGAACAGUUUUUUCCCGUAGAAACUCAGAACCCGCUAAAGUUCGCAGUACUCUAUGAUGCUCGUGCAAAUACUGGUGUUGACAGAACAAAAAUCAUCGAUGCAGUUGCGAAAUCCGUUCCAUCAGCCCACAAAGUUGAUCUUAGCAACCCAGAUGUGAGCAUAGUUGUGCAAAUUGUUAAGACCAUGUGCUUGAUUGGGAUUGUUGAGAAGUACAAGGAAUUGGCCAAGUACAAUAUCAGAGAGCUCACAUCUUCAAAGUAACAAGCUAAGCAUUCUUGGGUGUUUGACUGCCUGAAUAUCCUGGCUAUUUUUGUUUCUCCAAAUGAUGCAAGAACCUUAUAUGUCAGUUCAUGUUUAACUUAUUCAGAAUCUGAGGAAGCUCGACUAAUAGUCGGCUUGUAUUCGUGCUUGGUAGUGUUUGUCUUAUGGUCUAAGCUUAUACGUAAAAUUUCACUCCAUUUCUUUCUUUAAAUGAUGCUAGCAUUUUAUA